AUGACCCCAUCCGAUUGUAUCUUGGAUAUUUCAAAUGUUUUUCAUUCAACCACUGUAAUAAUUGAGAAAAGUUGUUUAAGCAAAUCAGAGCCUACAUCGGUUCUAAGAGAUGUAUCUGCUCGAGUUCAUGGUGGUGAAGUUUUAGCUAUAUUAGGUUCUAAGGGAUCUGGGAAAAGAGCUCUUUUGGAUGUGAUAGCUGGAAGAGCAGAAGGAGAAGUACGAGGCAGAAUAACAUUAAAUGGUAAUUUAUUAACGCCUGAAUUAUUCAGAAGACAUGGUGGAUAUGUUGCCCAUAGAUGCCAUUUAUUACCAAGUUUAACAGUUCGUCAGACACUUACUUAUGCUAUGUGGUUAGCAAAUUUAAGCAAUCGGGAAGCUAGAGUCAGACAGGCAUUAGCUGAUUUAGCAUUAUCUCAAGUUUCCAAUAGAUGUGUGAAUGAUCUUACAAGACCAGAAUAUCGAAGACUCAUGUUAGGUGUACAACUUGCUAAGGAUCCAAUGCUACUUCUCUUAGAUGAACCAACUUGGGAUACAGAUCCAUUAAAUACAUAUUUAAUUGUAUCAAUGCUGUGGUCUUAUGCAACUAGGAGGGGAUCUAUUGUCGUUUUGACUAUGGAAACACCUAGAUCGGAUGUAUUGCCAUUUGUCAGCCGUGUAACAUUAUUAUGUUUAGGUGCUGUAGUCUAUUCCGGACCAACAAGAAGCAUGUUAGACUAUUUUACUUAUAUUGGAUUUCCAUGUCCAGAAUUAGAAAAUCCGUUAAUGUAUUAUCUAUGUCUUUCAACUGUAGAUCGACGUUCAAGAGAUCGUUUCUUAGAGUCGAACCAACAGAUCUCCGUAUUAGUUGAAAAAUUUAAAGUUGAAGGUCUUUUAUAUAUGAAAGAAGCACCACAAAUAUCACCUAAUUUAAAAGAAACACCACUUGGAAUUAUGCAUAAAGGUUUGGGCCGAGGCAUUAAGCCAGGAUGUUUCUCGACACUUUUAGCCCUUUAUUUAAGAAGUAUGGCAGUUACAUUCUCUUUUAAUAAAUGUGGUUUAGGACACUUUGCUGCACGUUUUUUAUUGCUACCAUUCAGUGUAGCUCUGAUGAGUAUAUUAUAUUCACAUUCAACUCCUGUGCAAUCUAGAAUAUUUUUACAAACAGGAGGCUUAGUUUUUAACAUAUUAACGCUGUUUUAUGUAACUGGAAUAGCAACAACAUCGUUACUUUUUCCAGGUUUUCGUGCUAGAUAUUAUCAAGAAAAGAGGGAAGGCCUUUAUGGUGGAGCCAUGUUUUUGACUGCAUACACAUUAUUAAGUUUACCUUUAAGUUUUAUCUCUACCAUAAUUACAAUUGGUAUCCUAAUACCAAUCCUAGAAUUAGAUCAUUCAGCAUGGGCCCAUACUUCUGCCAUCCUUUGGUCGAACUAUAUUGCUGCUGAACAAGUAACCGUUGCUUUAUUGAUGAUACUUGAGAAUCCUUUAACUGGUGCGAUAACAGUGUUAUAUGUUGCAUUACUAUCUCUUGGUAUUGGAUCUGGAGCAAUUCGAAGUCUUCGAAAUUUACCGUAUUGGCUAGCUACAAUUUCUAGUGCUUUACCUGCAAGAUAUGCCUCAUUAGCAUUAAAUCAAUUAGCUAUGGAUAAGCCAAUAUUUUCAAAUUUGUCAUAUAAUGAAACUGUGACUUGUCCAGGUAUACCUGAAUUAUGCAGAUAUGCAGACGGACGAACUUAUUUAAUAGAACGUUUUACGCGCGAAGGUGAAAACAUAUCUGAAGUAUUAAAUGUAGAAUUAAACUUAUUGAUAUCUUUAGCAUUUGCUGUUGGAUUAAUUAUUUUAAAUAGUAUUCUUUAUUUAUUACCAUUACCUGCUAGAGUUAAAGCGAAAUUCAGAGAAUAAAAUAGUAUAACAUUUAUGUAACAAUACAAAAUUAGAAAAGCGAUCGAUCCUUAUAUUACUGUACGGAAAAAUAUAAAAUAAUAUUAUAAAGAAAUUAUGUAUUCUUAUAUUAUUUUUAUAGGAGCUUGUAAAAUAUAUAAAAAAAUAAGUAUUUAUAUAUCAAUAUAUUACACAUUUUUUAUACUUUAUGGAAAAGAGAAAUUUAUAAUAGCAUCUAAAUUUAUAGUACUUUUAGUUAUAUCAAUUAUAAUUAUACUAUAGUGUGUGUAAUCUCACACACAUAUAUUAGGCUGUCCCAUAAGUUCUUUCCUUUUUUUUUGAUACGACUUCAAUAAACAAUAUUUGUUGUUUAAGGAAAUCAUA